AUGGCAGUUGGGGACGCACGAAUGAUUAAAACGGGAGGAAUUGCGGAAUACGGCCGGGACAGCAUUUUCGAGUGGCUUUUGGCGGAGUUCCUGCCGCCGCUGAUGCCCCUGCUUGUCGUCGUCGUCGGCGUCAUCUUAGUCGGUCCCGAGGGUAUCGGCAGUGAGGAUAGGGGCUUCGGUAAUGACGCGAUCGCCCUUCUGGAUGCCGGUCGCUAG